AUGGCAGCCUUCUUCCUUUCGUGGCAGACGGCCGUGGCUCUCGUCGGCCUCUAUAUCGCAGGAUGGAUUGUGCUUGUGGUUUAUCGCACUACUUUCCAUCCUUUGGCCAAAUUCCCCGGCCCGAAGCUGGCGGCGAUGACAUUUGCCUACGAGGGCUAUUAUGAUGUCGUCAGGGGCGGGAGCUAUAACGAAAAGCUUGUUGAAUUACACAAGAGAUAUGGCCCCAUCAUGCGUAUUAAUCCGAACGAGCUCCAUUGCAACGACCCUAAGUUCAUCGAUGAGGUCUACCCGGUCGGUUCACGACGUCGGGAUAAGUCUCAAUAUUUCCUAGAUACCUUUGGACCCAAGGCUCUCAAGACCGGUUUCGGAUCUAGAACCCAUAACAUACACCGACUCCGAAGAGGUGUCAUGAAUAAAUUCUUCUCGAAGGGCAGCAUCUCUAAACUGGAACCGAUGAUCCAUGACCUUGCCCAACGGUUGUCCGACAAGAUCUUAGCCAAGACCGGAUCCGGUAAGCCAUUCGAUAUCACGAUGGCAUAUAGCUGUUAUACGACUGAGGUUAUCUUCACAUACUGCUUUGGCAAAAAGAGCGGAUUCAUGGAUCAAGAGGAUUUCGAGCCAAAUCUGAGGGAGCCCAUAUAUGCAGGUCUCGCAAAUCAUCACAUCGGAAAGCAGCUGCCGCUUUUAGUGAAGGCUAUGAACAUGCUCCCUAUACCUCUAAUGAGGAUGCUUUCCAAGGAGCUCGCCCUUUACAUCGACACCAUGUUUAUAGGCCUUGGAAAACAUGCCGCCAAUAUGAGAGAGGCAUAUGAGAAUGGCACGUAUGAGAAAAUGAUGGGCGAGCGAUCUACCAUCUUCGCAGAAGUGUGGAACAGCGACCUUCCCGCAGAGGAAAAGAGCGCGGAAAGGGUUGGGUCCGAGGCUGCGAGUCUGAUGGGCGCUGGAACCGAAACCACGGCUUGGACUCUUUCUCUCCUGACAUUCUACUUGAAGACGCAGCCCGAGAUAUACGAGCGGGUGACGAAGGAAUUGAAAACGGUAGUCAAGGAUCCGAGACAGCUUCCAUCCUGGUCCGCCCUCGAACAGCUCCCAUAUCUGGCCGCCACAAUCCUGGAAGCAAUUCGACUGUCAUACGGUGUUAGCACUCGCCUCGCUCGUGCAGCUCCGGACGAGGAGCUUAUCUACAGAGGAACAUAUACGCCUCUACCUACGAAAUCCGGCGUCGACUCCGAGCCUGUCCAAGUAGAGUAUGUGAUCCCAAAGAACCAGUUCGUAAGCAUGUCUAGCUACAACAUCCAUGCAAAUGAAGAAAUCUUCCCGGAUGCAGGAGAAUUCAGGCCUGAGAGGUGGUUGAAUGAGGAGGGAGAAAGACGGAAAGAUCUGGAACCGUAUAUGAUGAGUUUCGGCAAAGGAAGUCGGCAGUGUCUGGGCAUGAAUUUGGCGUAUUGCGAGCUGUAUCUCGGACUCACCGCAUUGGUUCUGCGCGUCCUCCCACACCUUGAAAUUUUCGAAACUACUGUUGAUGAUGUCAAGUAUCACCAUGACUUGUUCGUACCGAUGGCGCAUCCAGACAGCAAGGGAGUCCGUGUCACCAUCGAGUGA